AUGACACUAGACUUCGCCUCUCUGGGAGCCAUCCCCAUAAGUUACGCCAGCUGCUCCCUGGGUGCACCCUCGUCGCCCCCACCACUCCUCGACCGUCUCGAUGCCAUCUCUACUGCGGGCUUCACGGCAAUCGAGCUCUCUUUCCCAGACAUUCUUUCCUUCGGCGCCCAACAUCUCGGCCACGAAAUUGACCCGAAGGACUACAAUGAGCUCUGCACCGUCGCCGCGAAGAUUAAGGAGGAAUGUGAUAAUCGCAAACUCGGAAUCAUGAUGCUUCAACCUUUCUCUAAUUUCGAGGGUUGGCCCGAAGGCAGUUCGGGCCGCGAGGAUGCUUUCAAGCGCGCGAGAGGAUGGAUCAAGAUCAUGCAGGCGUGCGGGACAGACAUCCUGCAGGUCGGCUCGACGGACACGCCCAUCGAAAAAUUAGACAGAUCCAAGAUCGUGGGAGAUCUUAGGGAUCUGGCGGAUCUGCUUGCUGAGCAUGGAUUCAACCUCGCUUAUGAGAAUUGGUGCUGGUCUACUCAUGCGCCUGAUUGGAAGGAUGUGUGGAGGAUUGUGCAAGAGGUCGAUAGGUCCAACAUCGGCCUUUGCUUAGACACAUUCCAGUCUGCAGGUGGAGAAUGGGCAGAUCCAACCACGAGCUCUGGGUUGAUAGAGGGUGUCGGAAGACAAGAGUUGGAAGAGAGAUUCGACAAGUCUAUGGAUGAAUUGGCUGAUUCGAUACCAAAAGACAAGAUCUACCUCCUCCAGAUCAGUGACGCGUAUAAGCCACCAUCACCCCUAAGUUCAGAAUUGGACAAGUCUGGGACUAGGCCUCGAGGCCGAUGGAGCCAUGAUUUCAGGCCAUUGCCGUAUGAUGGUGGAUACUUGCCGGUGGUCGACGUCGCAAAGGCAGUCUUGAAGACUGGUUUCCGAGGUUGGUUCAGCUACGAAGUCUUUGACGGCGGGGCGGAUGGGAAGGGACACGAUGUAGAUCUUAUUGCCUACGCACAAACCGCUGCAAAAGUUCAAGGGAGACUUCUUGCAGAGUGUGCCGGCAUAUCAGGAGAGAAACCAGCUUCACAACUCCCAAAGCCUUAA